AUGAGAAACCUCCAAUUAAUUCAUCAUCAAGAAAUUUCUCUUGUUGAAGCUCUGAUUGCCAACAAUGAUGAAGUUGUUUCUUGUACCUCCACCGACAGUGAUGUCUUGUUCGGAUUAUCAAAGAAUGGUAUUCUCUUUCAAGUGGAUAUUAAAGAGGGUGCUAUAGUAAAGACGGUUAAUCUUGGAGAUAUUGAUGGAAUUACACCACAAGCAGAAAUGAUUGAUAUUCAAUAUGUUGCAGAAUUGGAAUCACUUAUUAUUAUUUCUCAAUUUGAUAUUAUUACUUUUAAUAUUUCUAAUGAUACUAGUGAAAUUACAGCUUCUAUUGAAGAGGGUAUCAACGCAAUGUCUUGGAGUCCUGAUCAAGAAAUUGUCAUCUUCUCAACAGGUAAUGGAAAUUUACUUACCAUGUCCAAACAUUUUGAAACUCUCACAGAAGCUCCUUCCGAUUUAAUACCAACAAAAUCCAAUACUAGUACAAAUACUGCUGUUAAACAACAAGCAAAACUUACAGAGGAAGUUUCCUCUCGUUUCAUAAAUAGACCUUUACCAGUUGAAAUUAGUUGGAGAAAUGAUGGUCAAUACUUUGUUUUAAAUAGUAUGGAUCCAUCCGAUGGAAAGAGAUGGUUAAGAGUUUGGGAAAGAAAUGGAAAUUUAGUUUCAAAGUCGGAACCAAUUGAUGGUUUAUUGGGUAAUGUUGUUCAUUAUAGACCUGAUGGUAGUAUUAUUGGUACACACCAAUACCAUCCUGGUAAAAAGGAAACUACUAUUGCUUUCUUUGAAAGAAAUGGUUUGCAACAUUAUGAUUUUGUUUUAGAAAAGGGAAUGAGUGAUAUUUAUUCACUUCAAUGGAAUUCCACUUCAGAUGUUUUGUGUGUCACAUUCAAAUCAGCUAGUAGAGAAAAUACAGUCCUUGUUCAAUUGUGGUACAGAGGAAAUUAUCAUUGGUAUCUCAAACAAGAAUAUUCAUUCAAUGAAAGUGAACAAGCUCCAACUCAUAUUACUUGGGAUUCAGAAUCAGCAUAUAGACUUCACAUUUUCUGUAAGAAUGCUAAUUAUUAUUGUUAUGAUUUAUGCUGGGAUCACAACAUGUCACAUGGAAUGACAUCAGAAAAUCCAUGUUUCAUGGCCGUGAUUAAUGGAUUGAAAUUGAAUUUGACACCACUCAGAUAUGCUGUCAUUCCUCCUCCAAUGUGUGCUGAAAGUAUUACAUUUGAUUUACCAAUUAAUUGUGUUUCAUUCAGUGAUUCUUCAAGAUGUCUUGCUCAGUUAUCUGAUGGAUCAUUCCACCUCUAUCAAUUUUCCACCUCUAACAAACCACCAAAAUUUGGUUUACCACCAAGCAAACUAGGAUCUAUCAAACCACUUUCAAAUAAUCCAGUUAGACUUUUGACCAUGAUUAAUGAGAAUACUUUCUGUUUUGUUCCACUUACAAUUCCAGGUAAAUCAGAUGCCUUGGUUAUUUGUACUAUUAAUGAAGAUUUCACGUGUGAAACAAGAGAAGUCUCCUAUCCUGAAUCCAUUCUCAGAAUUGCUUACCAUUCAUAUACCGGUAAUUUGUUCAUUGAAGGAGAAUCUGGUGCUCUCUUUAAACAAAAGAUUAAUGAAGAUAUUCCAGAAGAAUUAGAAGAAAGAUUCGAAUAUCCAUGUCAAAUUAUUGCUCCAACCAUGAUGGGCGAGGAAGAAGUUGUUGUUGGUUUGAAUCAUAGAGGUAUUUUAUUUAUUGGUUCACACAAUGUUGUUUCCAAUUGUUCCUCAUUCUCUCUCACUGAUCAAUUCUUACUUUUCACAACCAUGUCACACAAGUUGAGAAUUAUCAAUCUCCAUCUUUCAGUUUAUGAUGCUGUUGAUAUUGCUGCUAGUGGCCCAACUUCAAAGUACGAUGAAACCUUUAGAGAAAUUGAAAGAGGUGCCAGAUUAGUUUGUGCAGUUCCAUCAGAUCUUAACGUUAUUCUUCAAAUGCCAAGAGGUAACUUGGAAGGUAUUACCCCUAAGGCUCUUGUACUCUCUAGAGUUAGAUCAUUAUUGAAUAACUUUGAAUAUGGAAAGGCUGUUGUUGCAACUAGAAAGUACAGAAUUGAUAUGAAUAUUAUUUAUGACCACAACCCAGAAUCAUUCAUUAACAAUGCAAAGAAGUUCGUUGAAGAUGUUGAUAAUGCAGACUAUAUCAACUUGUUCAUUUCAACCUUGACCAAUGAAGACAUUACCAAGACUAAAUUUGCUGGUUAUCAUUCUGAUGGUAAAACAGUAAAGGGCGAACAUCAAACCACAAUCACUGAAGUUAACAAGAUUAACAGAAUUUGCGACAAGCUCAGAGAAGUCCUUAAUGAAGUUGAUAAGAAGAAGUUUAUUUCCUCUAUUCUGACAACCUAUGCUAAAUAUCAAGCACCAAUGUUAGAAGAAGCUUUGCAAUUAAUUAGAGAGCUCAAAGCUGCUAAUGAAAGAAAGCAUUCAGAAGCUGAUGAAGCUUUGAGUUAUUUGGUAUUCUUGAUUGAUGUCAAUAUUCUUUAUGAUAUUGCUUUGGGAAUGUACGACUUUGAUUUAGUUUUGAUGGUUGCUCAAAAAUCUCAAAAGGAUCCAAAAGAGUACCUUCCAUUCUUGGCUAAUCUCAAGAAAAUGGAACAAUAUUAUAGACAAUACAGUAUAGAUAUGCAUCUGUCAAGAUUUGAAAAGGCUUUGGAAAAUAUUUCCAAGGCAGGUGCUGAACAUUUCCCUGAAGCUGUUGCUCUCAUUAGAGAAAAGGGUCUCUUUAAAUUGGGUAUGCAAUUAUAUGAAAGUGACAAGGAUAAGCUUUUAGUUAUUUUUGAAGCUUAUGGUGAUUAUUUGGUUUCUGUUGGCAAUCACAAACAAGCUGCCUUCUCUUUCCUCAAAUGCAAAAAGUUCGAAAAGGCUCAACAAUCAUUCUUGGAAGCUGGUGAAUAUGAAUUUGUAUUCUCACUUACCAAAACUUUGAAUCAACAAGCUCAAGACAUUAAGAAGAUUGCUAAGAGUGCUAUGAUUAUCAUGGAAGCUAAGAAGAACUAUAUUGCCUCCUCAAAUAUUUGUCGUGAUUACCUCAAUGAUAAUGAAGAGGCUGUUCUUAGAUUGGUUGCUGGUAAGGAAUGGAAGGAAGCAAUCAGAGUUGCCAUUUCAACUGGAAGAAGCGAUCUUAUUGAAACCCACAUCAAACAAGGAGUUUUUGAUUCUGCUAAGGAAAUUACCAAUGACUUGGCCGAAAAUGAGACUAAAUUGUCCAAAUAUAUUAGUCGUCUUAAGGAAUUGAGAGAGGAAAAGGAAAGAAUAUUGAGAGAACAAUUAUUAUUACAACAACAUAAUGAUGGAGAAUUUGGUGAAGAUAUGCCACACAAUUUUGAUGCUCUCUCAGAGGCUAGUAGUAUGCAAAGUGGUAUCAGUGGUUAUUCUGGUGUCUCAGUUUUAUCUACAAGAUCAUCUGUUUCAUCAGUCGUUUCAAAGAGAACAAUUUCAAGAAAGAAGAAGAAUAGAGAAAAACUGAAGAAGGGUUCACCAUUUGAAGAAGGUACUUUGGUUUCAAGAAUUGAAUCCCUUAUACCAUCAUCAGUGUCUAUUUCUUCCGUUUCUUCACUUUUGGAAGUUCUUAUUUACUUUGACAAAUUCGAGGAGGCUAAAGCUUUACAAGUUGGUCUCGAAACCCUUAUCAAGACUUGUCGUGACAAUGCCGAAUUGAUUGAAGAACCAUUCCAACCUCCACAAAUUGAAAAUGAACCAGUUCCUCCAACAAGAUAUCCAAGAAAAGUUGCUGAAAUUAUUGGUGGUGAUUUGGACAAGUUAUCUUGGAAAUUGAAUUUACUUGAAUAAAGAUCUUAUUUAUUAUC